UGCCAAUCGCUGCCAAUCAAGCUUCUUGGAGUUCCCAGCAGCACGCACGCGGGGUUGGAUGCACCGCAAUGCCGUGUGACGCCAUACCGGAUACACAUCAAGCACCAGCUCGCAGCUUUUCAGCGCUGCAACCACUCAAAUACCUCGUGAAGCACGACUGCGCAAGCAGCGAAUUGACACGAAACAUCCCCCCUCCCCCCCAAAAACAAACCCACCCUUACACCCACCGCGCCAGCACGUGAAGCAGCGGCCCAGCGGGUGAAGGCUGCCGUUGUAUUCGUUUGCGGAAGACCUCGGCUUGCCGCAACAAGCACCGCACGGUCCGUGGAGUCGCUUUAGCAGCCAAUCAGGACAGGUCUGAUAAUCGACAGCUCGAGGCAGCUUCUGACGUUCUUUUCUUCCGCCCUCUCCAUCACUCCUCAUCUCCACUCCUCCCAUCCUCAACCCCAUCCAAGAUGCAGAGGUUCUCGAGGCUCGGCCGUGUCGGCCAGAGCUUCGCUUCGCGCAGGUCAUUGGCUACUGUCAGCGAUGCACCGCUCUCCCGCAAGGUCGAGAUGACCAACUGGGAGAAGGGCAACUACAUCAACUACCAGAAGAUGUCAGAGAACCUCAAGAUUGUGCGCGGCCGCCUCAACCGCCCGCUCGCUCUCGCCGAGAAGAUUCUCUACUCUCACUUGGACGACCCUCACAACCAGGACAUCGAGCGCGGCACCAGCUACCUGAAGCUCCGCCCCGACCGUGUUGCUUGCCAGGAUGCUACCGCCCAGAUGGCCAUCCUCCAGUUCAUGUCAGCGGGCAUGCCCUCCGUCGCGACUCCCUCCACCGUCCACUGCGACCACUUGAUCGAGGCCCAGGUUGGCAACGAGAAGGAUUUGGCUCGCGCCAUCGACAUCAACAAGGAGGUCUACGACUUCUUGUCCACAUCUUGCGCUAAGUACAACAUUGGUUUCUGGAAGCCCGGCUCUGGUAUCAUCCACCAGAUCGUCCUCGAGAACUACGCUUUCCCUGGUGCUCUCCUCAUCGGUACCGACUCCCACACUCCCAACGCCGGUGGUCUCGGUAUGGCCGCCAUUGGUGUCGGUGGUGCUGAUGCCGUCGACGUCAUGGCUGGUCUUCCCUGGGAGCUGAAGGCCCCCAAGGUUAUCGGUGUCAAGCUCACCGGUAAGCUGUCUGGCUGGACUUCGCCCAAGGAUAUCAUCCUCAAGGUUGCUGGUAUCCUCACCGUCAAGGGUGGAACUGGUGCCAUUGUUGAGUACCACGGACCCGGUGUUGAGUCCCUGUCUUGCACUGGUAUGGCCACCAUUUGCAACAUGGGUGCCGAGAUUGGUGCCACCACCUCCGUCUUCCCCUUCAACGACCGCAUGUACGACUACCUGAAGGCCACCAAGCGUCAGCACAUUGGUGACUUCUCUCGCGAGUACGCUCACGAGCUCCGUGAGGACGAGGGCACCGAGUACGACCAGCUCAUCGAGAUCAACCUUGACGAGCUCGAGCCCCACAUCAACGGUCCCUUCACUCCCGAUCUGGCCACGCCUAUCUCCAAGUUCAAGGAGGCUGUCAAGGCUAACAACUGGCCCGAGGAGCUCAAGGUCGGUCUUAUCGGCUCUUGCACCAACUCUUCCUACGAGGACAUGACCCGUGCUGCUUCUAUUGCUCAGGACGCCAUGGACCACGGCAUCAAGUCCAAGUCUCUGUUCACCGUUACCCCCGGCAGUGAACAAAUCAGAGCUACUAUCGAGCGUGACGGUCAGCUCAAGACCUUCGAGGAGUUCGGCGGUAUGGUUCUCGCCAACGCUUGCGGACCCUGCAUUGGUCAGUGGGAUCGCCGUGACGUCAAGAAGGGCACCGCCAACUCGAUUGUCUCUUCCUACAACCGUAACUUCACAGGCCGCAAUGACGCCAACCCCGCCACCCACUCCUUCGUUACCUCCCCCGACCUCGUUGUCGCCCUCUCCAUUGCGGGUACCCUGAACUUCAACCCGCUCACUGAUACUCUCAAGGACGCCAACGGCAAGGAGUUCAAGCUCAAGGAGCCCUCCGGUGAGGGUCUCCCUGCCAACGGCUACGACCCAGGCCAGGACACCUACCAGGCUCCUCCUGCCGACCGCGAGUCGGUUACGGUCGCUGUCUCCCCUACCUCUGACCGUCUCCAGAUCCUGUCUCCCUUCAACGCUUGGGACGGCAAGGAUGCCACUGACCUCCCUAUCCUCAUCAAGUGCCAGGGUAAGACCACCACCGACCACAUCUCCAUGGCUGGUCCCUGGUUGAAGUACCGUGGACACUUGGACAACAUCUCCAACAACAUGUUGAUCGGUGCCAUCAACGAGGAGAACGGUGAGGCCAACAAGGUCAAGAACAUCAUCUCCGGCGAGUACGGUGCCGUCCCCGACGUUGCCCGUGACUACAAGAAGAACGGCAUCAGGUGGGUCGUCGUUGGUGACUGGAAUUACGGCGAGGGUUCUUCCCGUGAGCAUGCUGCCCUUGAGCCCAGGCACUUGGGCGGCAUUGCCAUCAUCACCCGCUCCUUCGCUCGUAUCCACGAGACCAACCUGAAGAAGCAGGGUAUGCUUCCCUUGACCUUCUCUGACCCCGCCGACUACGAGAAGAUCGGCCCCAACGACAAGGUUGACAUCAAGGCUACUGAGCUCGCCGUCGGCAAGCCCAUCACCCUGGUUGUCCACCCCGCCAACGGUGACAAGGCUUUCGACGUCAAGCUCUCGCAUACCUUCAACGAGGGCCAGAUCGAGUGGUUCAAGAACGGUUCCGCCCUCAACACCAUGGCCAAGAACCGCAAGUAAAUGCAUGCACCAUUUGAGAUGAGAUGCAACCAACCGCCACUGGGGAUGUAGAUAUGAAGAGGAUACCCGGGUACGAUGACGAACAUGGAUAGGAAGAUCCCAACUAGGGAUGAGAAGCUCAGAACAUGAGGCCUGGCAGCCCUUGAUUGGAUUUGUCGUGCAAGAAGUUUUCUUUAUGGCUCUUAUCCGGGCUCAAUAGGGUUGGGUUCGGCUUGUAUUUGUGACGGUGUUAGCAUGCAAUGUACGACUUCUAUUUAUUC